UUAUCCUUUAUAUAUUAAUUUGGAUUUUUUAAAUAUUAUCUGCAAACUUCAAGACUACUUUGUUAGUAUGGCAACUGUUAUGCUCUCUGAAGAAGAGAAGUAUUUUAUUGUGUCAGGGAUAGAAGAAGAUUUUCGAACAGAUGGACGAUCAUGCAAUGAUUAUAGAGCAAUUACAGUGCAGACUGGAAUUAUAUCGAAUACCAGUGGAUCUGCCCAAGUAAAAUUAGCUGGUACAAAUGUUUUGAUUGGUGUGAAAGCAGAGAUAAGUGAGCCACUUCCAUCAAAGCCCAACUUAGGAAAAGUAGAAUUUUUUGUGGAUUGCUCAGCAAAUGCGUCACCUAUUUUUGAAGGAAGAGGAGGUGAUGAGUUGGCUUUUGAGUUAAGUGCUGCUUUGCAAAACACUUUUUCUGGUGCAAUAGAUUUGGAAAAGUUAUGUAUUAUACCAGGAAAAGCAUGCUGGAUACUAUAUAUUGAUGCUUUGGUGUUGGAAUGUGGUGGUAAUCUGUUUGAUGCACUUUCUAUUGCUGUCAAAGCUGCUCUACAUAACACAAGGAUACCAACAUUGUCAAUUAUUGGUGAAGGUGCAGAGAAAAGUAUAGAAGUGUCAGACGAUCCCUACAAUUCAACUCCAAUUGAUGUUUCAAAUAUACCUAUACUUGUAACUUUAAAUAAAGUAGGAGAAAGGUACAUUGUUGAUGCUACUGCUGAAGAAGAAAUAUGUAGUGAUGCUCAGUUAUUAGUUUCAAUAAACCAGAAAGGAAAUGUUUGCAGUGUACAAAAGCACGGUAGCGGAGGAAUUAAUCCAGAUCUUUUAUUUGAAAUGCUUAAAGUUGGACGAAAAAUCGGACGAAUUUUGAACGAACAGCUUAAUCUUGUCUUAGAGAAACAAACAGAAGAAUAUGUUUAAAUCCUACAGUUACGUAAUUGGUAGAUAUUUUUCGAAAAUUGUAACAAGAUCUGUAUGGAUAAGGUGUCGGUGGAUCUUACAGAGUCUGUUAGAAAUCAACGUUUAGAAGAUUUUAUUAUUAUUAUUGCUUUGGGUAAUAAUAAAUCUGUUAUUUUUUAUUUGAAUCAAAAAUUGGAAAAUCUUUCAGACAUUUAAAGCAAAACAACUUUAUUACAUAAAAAUUAUCCAUUUUGUUUUGUAAUACGACUUUUUAUCAAAAGUUUUUAUUUUUUCACUUUUUAUCGAAUAUUAUCGGUGUUUUAUUAUAGUAAAUUUCAAAUUA